UCCAAACUUCCUUUGUUGUCACGUGACAACCUUGCGGUCCUUCCGAAGAGACUGUAUCGUUUUGCCCCGAGGAGAGAAUGUUGACAUUUUGUGUUGAACUUUUCCGGCUCAAGUAUCCAUUAACAAUCGAAGUCCUUCAUCUGAGACUGUUUGUCCACACUGGCGAGGAGAUGUAGCGUUCGACAGGGCGGAAUAUUGGCAGCUCCAGUGGGAAACAAAGAUGUCUUCAACACGUCCUUGUGCCGAGUGGCUGAAGCCAAGGAACCCCCCAGAUUUCAACCUUUCUUCAAAACAUACAGGACAACGAGAAUAAUAGUAUAAAAUAGGGGAAAGGCUUCGCAAAUAUGGCGUCAUCCAGUCUCUUAAACCCGACGGUUUGCGAGGUGAGUUACGACGAUGAGAUCGGGGCCGGAGGACGGGAGGUUGUGGCGGCGUACCAACGACCGCGAACCGGCGGGCUGUCGCCUCCCCGCGCCCGCCCGCAAGUCCUCCGCGACACGCCGUCCCUGUCGUACGGAGACUACGAGGAGUAUCGGGAGUACGUCAAGUGUAUCUACCGGGACAGCAGGCCCGUCUCACAGCUAACGUACGCGUACUCGCCAAGGAACACACCCAGCACGCCGUUCAUAGGAAACCCACAGACUGUCCUCCACCAGCCGGAUGCCAGGGAACUCGGGACAUCCCGCCGAGACCGCGUCCACACGGCCCCCUGUAGUGCCACGCGCAGAGUCCCCACGGCACGUACCAUGCCCGGCGCGGUCCGCAGUAGUCCGGCGGUGUCCAACCGUGUGCCAACCAGUCAUAACAUCAACGCUGAGACCUUCCGUAGACCACAGUGGAUUCCAGCUUUAAACGCAUGGGUGCCUGACACAAAACAGAGAGAAAAGGAGUCUGCUUAUAUCAACUUUGUUGGUGCUGUUAGCCUGCUGGAUAGGGGGAUCUACCAUGAGGAGCCCAACUUAAAUGGACUAGAACCACCACAACCAUGUCCACGGUUUAUGAACCACAUGACCCAGUCUGUGCCCAUCGGACCAGUGAAUGCUGCUAAGUCAGUGAAGAGGAUAACCAGUAACAGGUCUCCCACCAUUCCCAAAACUCCCUUCACUGACCGCAGGAGAGAAGACCUACUGCCAAAGUCACUCACCAGACCUCCUCAAAGAUUUGUACGACAGAGAGUACCACAUUAUGAUGACAGACAGGAAGUUAACGCUGAAGACGUGCUUCUGUCUGUACCUCGCUCCCCGCCGCCCAGUGUACAGGACAGCGAAGCGGCACGGGAUGAUGGGCUGGAGGAAGGACAUGCAAGCUUUAUGAGCCACAGUGACACCCUGCACCGCCGUGAGGAGCUAGCAGACGUGGAGAGCCUGGGACUCACAGCAGGUGACCCCGAGGAUGAUGGGAUAUUCUCCAUGUUUAGCGGUUACCAUGGUGAUAUGGUGAAGCGUGGCAGUUCGGGCGGUGCAGGUGCAGGUGCAGGUGUGAGUUCAGGUGGGAGUGACUCGGGUGGCAGUGAGGAGGAGGAGGGGGAGCUGCAGGUGUCAGCAGGUGCAGAGACAGGUGGUGCAGGUGGCGGGAUGGGGGUGACAUCACUUGGUGGUAGUGUCAAAGGACUUGAAUUGUUACACGCCAUCCUGAAGGACCUCCUGGGCUCCACCCCUGUGGAGGACAUAGACACAGAAGUGCUGAAGACAACCCUGAACAGCCACCUGGAGGACUGUAACACCUGUACUCACCUGGUCAGACAGGUGGUCAGGAGACAGCUGGGGCCUGUACCGGAUAACUACCUGAUGUCUGGACUAAUCAGCAUUCUGCCUCUCCUGUCCGCAGGAGGAAGUGCCAGAUCCCAGCUAUCUCUCCCCUCUGAUCAUGAUGAUUGGAGUCAGGAGGGAGAGAUGUCAGGGAGGGAGAGGAGAGGUAUGGAGGAUGAGGAGACAGAGGAGGGGGUGUCACUGUCAGGUGGUGGUCAUGGUGGGACAGAUGGAAAUAAUGGUGAAGGGGAAACUUGUGGUGAAGGGAUGGUGCAAGGAACAGCAGGGGAAGUACAUGGUCUGAAGGAAGAGGAAACAUUGAAAGACAGUGCAGCCAAGUCUAAGAAAGACAGGAAGGAGAGAAGAAGAUCUUCUACCAUAGCUGAGGCUAAUGAAGAUAAAGCACCAAAGUCUAUAAUGAAGAAGACCAAGACCCAGCCCAGAAGAGUGUCAGCCCCACGUGUUACCAUAGAAACAGACCAGCAGUCCUCCAUGUCUCAGCAGACUGACACAGAGGUGCCCACUGCUGUGGAGGACUAUCCUAUAGAGGAAGAGUUGGAGUCUGUUUCAGAGGUCUCCACCAUUGAAGUACCACAACCCAAGUUUAUACUAGACAGUAAAGGUAAGAAGAAGGGCCGGGACCUGAAGUCAGACCAUGCGUGCAGACAGAAGUCUCCCAAAGUGUCUGCCGUGAUCUCCCUACGAAGCCCGAAGCCGAGAGACACGACGCUCCAAGACGAGCUUCGUCGUCAGCAGCUGGCUGAGGAGAGGAGGGCGAAGGCAGCGCAGAUGUUUGAGAAGCUGAGGAAGAAGCCGACAGACAGAGGGGAUGAGAUGGAGGAGGGGGAGAGGGACAGGGCACUGCAGCAAGACUUUAAAGACUAUGGUUUCCUCUCGAAAUAUUGCAUCUUUAACAAGGACAAACUGAAGAUGUACCGGAAAGCUUUUGAUGCUGUUGAUGAAGACAAAGAUGGGUACCUGUCAGGACAGGAGGCUCUGAUGGCCCUGAAGGGUGUGGUGUACUCAGGGGCACUCAAUGAUGCAGAGGAGUACUAUGUCUACAGGAUACUGGAGCUAGCAGACUACAAAGUUACAGAAGGAGCAGACUUCAAGUUAUUUGCAGUGAUGUCAGCUCUGUCUCAGAGAAUAGCUUCUCUAGACAAUUUUAUGAAAGAUCUGAUCAGAAAGCUAGACUUCAAGUCUCUGGAGUACAAGAUGUUUCGUCUAAAGCAACUGUUCCUGUGUAACGUGGACCCCUCGUCCAAUCGGAUUCCCCUGGAACAUCUCAUGUUGGAGCUGCAGGCAGGGGGGGUCAGCAUGGAGCACCAGAGAGAGGUCCGGGCUGAGCUGGCUCACCUGGAUAACCUUGACCUUCUGGACUUCCUGGCCUACGUGCCGCUCUUCAUCAUGAUCCACCAGUCUGUAGUCAACAACCCUUUUGAUAACCAGUGGAAUAAAUAGUUUCAAUGUCAGUUGAGCAUGUCAGCAGAACGUACUGCACCUACGUAAAAUCUGCAACAGGCAAAAUCUUAAUGUAAAGUUGAGCAAAAACCCAACGAAAAUCGUAAAAAAUAUGGGUUUUAGGCAAGCGCAGUACAUUCUGCUGACAACUUGUCAGUU